AUGAGUAGGCCAAUGGAAGAGGAUACCAACAACGGAAAGACGGAAGAGGAGGAGUUCAACACGGGACCUCUUUCUGUUCUGAUGAUGAGUGUUAAGAACAACACUCAGGUGCUAAUCAAUUGCCGCAACAACAGGAAACUCCUUGGUCGUGUUAGAGCUUUUGACAGGCACUGCAACAUGGUCCUUGAAAAUGUUAGAGAAAUGUGGACUGAGGUACCUAAAACUGGGAAAGGAAAGAAGAAAGCACUUCCUGUGAACAGAGAUCGCUUCAUCAGCAAGAUGUUCCUCCGUGGUGACUCUGUCAUUAUCGUCCUCAGGAAUCCCAAGUGA